UUAUUAUUUUCUCCGAAGAAGAUUGUAAACAAACAUGGCUGAGCCUGGAGAGGAUUUACUGCCACUGUUGGGUAUCAAUCCAAUAGCUGGGAUGGGUGAAAAUGAUUCCAGCGACAGUAGCGAGUUAAGUGCAGAAUCUGAUGCUGAUGAAGAAGAUAUUGAGAUUGAGAUGGAUGACGACGAUGCUAACGAUGAAGGUGAGGAAAAUGCAGCUGAAGAGGAAGGAGGAAAUCGACUUCAAAGAAACAGAAGACGUAAAGAGAAGAGAAGAAAAUCUUCCAGAAAAGAUAGUGAAACUGACUCGCGGCAACAAGUUAUCGUGAACUUCGACCAGUCGUUGCCAGGGACACACUCGUAUCUAGGGAACGACUUGGAGGAAAUGCGGGGCCGGACAAUUCUGGAGGAGAAUUCGAUAACGAUGAUCCCCCUAGUGGUGCUGCCCAACGUGGUUCUGGUUCCUGGCCAGGUGAUCCCGCUCCAGCUGUAUAUGCAGCGGCUGGUGGCCAUGAUGAGGCGAGUCGCCGGGGACGAUAAGACGUUCGGAGUCAUCAAUAUGAGUGGUCUCAGAGAGAGCGAUGGACAGAAAAUAUCGGCUGUUGGCUGCACUGCUGAAAUCUUCUCGAUGAAGGAUGAAAUGGACGAGGCGUCUGGUAUCUCCAUGGUGAGGGUCAAGGCCAGAGGUCGGCAGAGGUUCCGAAUAAUAGAGAUCAAGUCGGAGAUUACCGGAGAGCUGGUGGCCAAAGUGAAAAUCCUCCCCGAGGUGUCCCUCACACAUGUUCUCGACGGAGCCUGCCUGGCCUCACAUCGCAAGCUCUUCACCAAGCCGUGCGAUGACAGUGAGAUGCUGAAAACGGCUGUGGAUCGCCAAGGGAGGGUACUCACUUCUGUCGACUGCCGGAGUAGGAGCUGUGUCAGCAAGUUUUAUUCGUCAAAGUUCACGUGGUGGCCGCCUUGGGUGUACAGAAUGUACGAUAUUGAGUGGCUUUCAGAGCAGACGAGAGCGGAACUAGGCAGCUGGUCCUCCUCACCUUUGCCCUCCAACCCCGUGGACCUGUCGUUCUGGGUGGCUCACAACCUGCCCGUGGACGACCAGACACGACUCGAGCUGCUCUCCUUCGACUCGGUGGUCCAGCGGCUGAGGUAUGGGCUCAGCAUAAUCCGGAAGAGUGGCUUUCUCCUGACCUGCAACGACUGCGAGCAGACCAUCUCCAACAGAAGCGAUGUGUUCAGCAUGAGUCGCGAGGGUCCACUCGGGGCGUACGUUAACCCCGGGGGCUACGUGCACGAGAUGUAUACGGUCCUGGCUGUCGCUAACUUGCGAAAUAAUGGCGGGGCCUCCACAGAGCACAGCUGGUUUCCUGGAUACGCAUGGACGAUCGUGCAGUGCAAAGAGUGCCACGCCCAUAUGGGAUGGAUGUUUACGGCCACAAAGAAAAACCUUUCCCCGAAGAAAUUCUGGGGUCUCUGCCGCUCGGCUGUUCGCACCACCAUCUCUGCCGCUACACAGGACAGCGAGGGGGAGCAGCCGAUGAUUGUCAUGUGAUGCGUAGCCACAGCGAAGAGUUUUUCUGUGGUUUGUCUAUUAUAUGGAACCACUGCAAGCAUUGAACAGGUCACAAGCUUAUUUUAUUUUGAGUGUAGAGAACUGAACAGUUAUAUCUUUGGAGUGCUACAAUGACAUUCUGGCUCGGACUUCAGACCUGAUUGGUCGCUUUUAAGGACCUGUAUUACCUGUCCUGGGCAACGUCAUUCGUCAUUGCACACUGGACAGGUCCAUAAGUGCUCAGUUCCCCCCAGCACCAAAGCCCGCAAGUAUCCGUACUGAUUGUUUCGGUAGCUGUCUGAUUAUGGCGACGUCUUUCCUUUCCUGAUAAUCGUUCCUUUCUUCCUUGUUUAAGGACAAGUGGGCUAA